AUGACACCGGACAGUUUUGACGAGUUACAUAACCUUAUAAAGCCUUGUAUUACUAAACAAGAUACAAGGUUUAGAGAUGCUAUUUCUAGCAAAGAAAGACUGGGAUUAACUUUGAGGGGAGAGGAAAGCGCGGGCAAUGCUUGUGCGAUGGCUGCGUCGGCGGCGGCGCCGGUGACGUGGCGCGGCACCAACGACAGCGCCUCGGAGUACUGUCGCCGCGGCAGCACACCCGCUACCUACGGACGGUACCAGCGUAACAACUCCACGGCCGCACCCUACGCCACGCCGCCGUCCAAUGUUGACAGAACGACGCCUCAUCAGCGAUGGUUCGCGAGCGGGGAGCGGGCUGCGGGUGAGAGCACGCCGAGCACGCCCGGCGGCGGCACGGAGGGCGGGCGGCGGCGGCGGCGCUCCGGCUCGGGCUCGUCGCGCACCGACACCAGCUCGCCGGAGCCCAGCGACACGUCGCGCGCCUCCACGCCGGCCGCGCCGCCGCCCGACCGCCACGCCGCGCGCCGCACGCCGCCCGCGCACCACCACCAGUGGGCAUCGACGGUGAACGGGCGACCGCUCGCGAUCUGCGUACGCAACCUGCCGACCCGUUCCACCGACAGCUCAUUGAAGGACGGCCUCUAUCACGAGUACAAGAAGCACGGCAAGGUGGUUUGGGUGAAGGUUGUCGGACAAAACGCCGACCGGUACGCAGUGGUGCGUUUUAAGAAACCGUCCGAUGUGGAUAAGGCGCUCGAAGUCUCGCAGGACAAGUUGUUUUUCGGCUGCAAGAUCUCAGUGGCACCACACCAGAACUGUGAUGAAGACGCCGAGUCCGCCAAACCUUACGAGACUGAUAUAGACGAAUAUCAUCCCAAGGCGACUAGAACCUUAUUUAUUGGUAAUCUAGAGAAGGAUGUGACACAGCAACAGCUGAGGGAUAAGUUCAAGCAUUAUGGACGGAUUAUUGAGAUCGAUAUAAAGAAGGGUAGCGGCGGAGGCGCUGGUUACGCCUUUUGCCAGUACCAGUCCAUAUCUAGCGUCGUGGAAGCUAUCCGUGCUAUGGACGGGGAGUAUGUUGGCGGUUCGAGGGUCAAACUGGGCUUCGGUAAGCCCGUCGCUACCACCUGCGUUUGGGUCGAUGGCCUCACUGAGCAUACGGAAAAGCAGGUGCUGCAGGCGGUGGCGCGGUGCGGUGCGGCCACGUCGGUGUGCGUGGACCGCGCAGCGGCCGCGGCGCUCGUGCACUUCGAGCAGGCGGCGGCGGCGGGCGCGUGUGUGCGCGAGCUGCGCCGCGUCGCUGCGCUCGCGUCCGCCGCGGACCCCGACCAGCCGCGCCUCGCCGUCGACUACGCCUCGCGCGAGUGCCAGGAGGCUUUCUACGAACAACUAGAGAAACACGGAGGAUCAGCCCCUUUAGCAGGAUCCGAGAGAUUAACUGGUGAUACUUCUACUCGCUACAUACCGUCUGUGAGGCAUGAACAACUCCGAUACGAUGGAACAAGAACGCGAGCACCAAGCUUUAGUCGUGGGUCUUCACGAACGCCGCGUUAUACUACACAUGAACAUUACGAUCCGGCGGAAUAUGCGGCGGAUCGACGAUACAGGGUAUAUGAGGAGUUAGGUUCGAGUCCACAGACAGAUGACACUCCAUAUGAAGAUCGGUUACAGUCAGUCGUAGUAUCACCACAUCAUACUCAUAGGCAUAGGCGAGACUCAAGCCCCGAGGAUCGAAAACGUUCAAAGGAGCGGCACAGAAGCGUUGGCGGCGGGUCGCGGCGGUCCCGGUCAGGGUCGCGCGGCGGGUCGGCGCACGCGCACCCGGCGCACACGUCGCGGCGCCGGCACCGACGGCGGCGCGACGGCUCAGAUUCGCGCGGCUCGCGCGCCGGCACGCCGCUGCGCGACGAGCCCGACGCGCCGCCCGCCGAGCCGCGCCGGCCACCCCGCGAACGCCCGCCGCUGCCUAUGAGCCUGCCGUUGCCCAAGUUCGCGGCGCAGUUGCUGCGCACCGCGCCGCCCACCCCACGCCCCGCGCCCGCGCCCGCUGCCGCCCCCGACUCCCCACCGCGGCCCCCUUCCGCCUCCUCCUCGAGCACGGGCUCGGCGCCGCACUCACCCUCCCUGGAAGAACGGAUCCGCAGCCUCGAUGAAAAAUACGAAAAAUGGAGUGGCUCGCGUGCUCUUGCCGACGCGCCCGACCGCGCCCGUCUUCGACACAGGCUUCUCGAGGUCGACAUUAACGAGGUUAAACCGUCGGAGGUUGUGCGUUCGCUACUAGCUAAGCGUUCCGUGUUCGACGAGGACUCUGAACGGUUGGAGGGAGCCGCUAGAGCCCCGAGUCCGGGCGGCAGCCCCCACACGCGUCCAUCUUCGUGUGUGUCGCGGGCGCUACGCUAUCCAUUCCCGUCGCACCCACCCCACUCACUGGUGGUGCCGACGACGACAGCCCCGGGCUCGACGCCUUCCGUCCCGCUUGUGGCGUUGCCCGUCGGUGCGCCGCUUCCGCCUCUGCCUCCGCAGCCUCCUCCUUCGGAAACUGAAUCAGAAUCGAUAGACCGACCAGCCGACCCGCGUCUCAAUAGACCAGAGAGACCUUAUCGACUCGAGAAACUAGGAAAGUUUAAUGAAAGUGAUUAUAGACUUGAUUCACGAGUCCGCUUAAGAACUCCUUCCGUUGACAAAUUACAGACUGAAAUGAUAGACCGUAAGUCAUCACCUAGUGCAGAUAGGGACAAAGGAGUAGAUGUAGAAAAAGAAACUAAAAGAGAAAUUGAAAAUAAAAAAAGAGAACCUUGUUCCAUUGAACGUGAAGACGAAACAAAUUCGUAUGUUACAGACGUUGUAAAAGACUGCUUUGAUAAAAUUGAUUCUGAUAUUAAAAAUAUAGAAAGAAGUCUUAUGUCACAAGAUGGAAACCAAAUUGAAGAAAGCUUAAAGAGAUCAGAUGAUAAAUUUCCAACAUUACUGAGCUCCAUAAAAAUGGAAAGAAAUUUCAACCAAAAUGAAACAUUACUUGUAAAUAACAAUACAGUCAAUUGUAAUAAUAUUGAAUCAGACAUAAUAAAACACCACAUAAAGAAAGAAGAAUUUAUGACAUUUGAACCGCCUUCAAAUAAACGACAAUCACCUGAAGAAUUUUUAUUUAAACGUCUACAUCAUAUAAAAUCUGAAACAUCCAACGAUGAAGAUCUAAAACCCAAGUUAAACUGUGACAAAAACUUAGAUCAUUGUUCUCAAUUAUUUAAUAACUUUGAUAGUAAAAAUAUUAUUUCAAGUACAACACAGCCAUCUAACCAUUUAAACGCAGUAAAUUAUUUAGAUAUAAAUAAAAAAGUUGAAGUAAAGCAGGAAUUAAUAAAUAAUGACGGAAACGAAAAAUCAAAUUCAAAUUUGUUUGACUCAUUCCACAUGGAUAAAUGUGAAAAAGAGAAUAUUGUAUUAGAAAAUUCUGAUGAACCAAUGGCAGGUUGUGUUAUAUUGAGUUCCAUUGAUAAAAAGCAUUCAGACACAAGAAAUCUUGAAGAGAAUGUGCGAGGCGAUCACGAUAAGUUAGUUAAAUACACUAAAGAACGUUUAGAUAAAGAUAAACAUGAAUGUGAAAGAGAAAAGUCAAAGAAAAAACAAGAUAAGGACAAAAAAUUAAAAGAAGAAACAAAUAGUCAUAAACUUAAUUCCGAGAGAUCAGAAAAAAUAAAAAUUGAAAAAGAUUUACCUGAUAAAAAUGAACGGGAUAUUGAGAAAACGAAGCAUGCAGAUGAUAAAGUGCGUCAUGAUAAUCAUAAGAAAGAUAAGACCGAAAAAGAAAAAAGGAAAGAAGCAUCAGAAAAUGAACCUUCAUCUACCAAAUUAAAAAGAGAAGAUAAACACAAGUCAGAACGAUUAAAGAAAGAUGCCCUUGAUUCUAAACGGGAUCAUGUUAGAAAAGAACAUGAUGCAAAACAUAACAAACCUGCUAAGGAUGAAAAUUCUAGAGAUUUAUGCCGUAAAGACUCCACUGAUUCGUCCACUUCUAGGGCUUCUCAUGAUUCAUCAAAAAUAAAAGAUUUAGAAAAUCAUGAAGGUAAGGAAGAAAUAAAACCAAAACCAAAAUUAGGCACCGACUUGAUUCUAAAACAUGAUGUAGAAAAAGAAUCAUCACAAAAAGUGGUGGAUACAAAAUGUGAUAAUAUAGUAAAAAUUAAAAGUGAAAUAAAAGAGGAAAAGCGUUUUUCAGAUAAUCAUUUAAAAAAUAAAUCUGAUAAUCACUCUGAACACUGCACAAAAUCUAAAACUGAAAUUAGUGAAAAACAAAGGCAUUAUUCACUUGAUUCUUUUGGCAUCGACUGUAAGCGUAAAGAACGCGUUAAUUCAUGCUCAAGCUUACCACCUAAUAUAGGUCACAAAAGAAGAUUAUCAUCGCAAGAUAGUCUUGACUGUCAAAAUGAAGAUAUAAAAAAGUGUAAGAGUGAUAUAAAGUGCAUUGAAAGAAGAGAUUCUAAAGAUUGUCGAAGUAAUGACAGGCAUAAAACAACUAAAUUUAAUAAAGGACAUUUUGCAAAAAUAAUAGAAAGUAAAACUAAAGAUGAUAAGAAAAAUCAAGUCAAACCACCUGACGAAUGCUUUGCUGAAAUAAAAGAUAGUGAAAAUAAAGAGAUAUCACCAGUAUCUGACAAAACCAAGCAUGUUAGAAAAAGUCCCAAGGAAGGCAUUGAUGAAAAGAUACUUGAAAACUCUGAUGCUCAUUCUGAUGCUUUACAAAAUGAUUUAGAUUUUCUAGCCACUUUAGAGUUACGAUCAAGUGAAGAGGAUGAAAAACAAAAAGCUCUGAAAAAAGAAAUGAAGGAAAAGAAACGCAUUCAACAGUUGCAGCAAAUCCAAGAACUGCAAAUGCAACAAGAUGCCUUGCAGCAAGCAGAAUUAUUAAAUAAACUUAAAGAAGACAAAAAACAUAAAAGUGAGGACAAGAAAAAAGAGUUAGCUCGGGAUAAACGCAUGUCAACAGAUCGCAAGAGUAAAGACGAUAAAAAUGAUAAUAAUAAACGAAAAAAUCGUAAACCAGUUCAUAGUAGUGAUAGUUCUGAUUCUGAUGAACCUAAGAAACAUUCUAUAUUUGAUAUUAUCGAUGACGAACCAACUUAUAUAUCAAUGUACGACAAAGUUAAAGCGCGGUCUUGCAAAAAUAUGCAAAAACAAGAAGAGGAGAAACGUCAAGAGAAAAUAAAAGCAAAAUUCAGCCAGCUUAAACAAAGUAGAGCAAAACGUGAAGAAAAGAAAAGGUCAAGCUGGGAUGAAGACAGUGAUUCGGACCACGAAAGAAGAAAAUCUCACAAAACUUCAAUGGAUAGUUCUUCUGAAGAUGAGCAAAUUGUUCUUCAUGGUAAGAAGCGCGAAAAAUCACAAGCGUCUAGUGUAGAUUAUGAUCGUAUGAAGACUAUUGAUUACUUCAAUGCCCACACAAUUGAAGAAGAUUCCCGUAAUAAAUUGUCCCGAAAAAAUUCAAGAACUCGCAUUUUAUCCGACACCACUGAUGAUGAGAGUUCAAGAAGAAAUGUUUAUCGAAGUCCUGAUUUUGGUACGAAAAUAAAGAAAGAAUUUCUAUCGGAUUCUGAGUCGCAGCAAGGCAGCAGAGAAACUGAGAUUCUCCUGAAGGAGUUAGGCGAGGAUAAAGUUAAGAAGACUUCACUUCUGAAUUUGUUUGGCAAAUCGGACUCAGAUGACCAUAAGGUAAAGUCUCGAGAAAUCGAUAAUGAUUUUAAAAUGCAAUAUGUAAAAUCUAUUACUAAUGAUCUUUCUUCUGAAACUGAAUCUGUGACCUCUAACCGUAAUAUUGGAGAAAUUCGUAAGAAACAUAAAAAGAAGCAAAAGAGAUAUAAGUUGCCAUUUUCGGACGAAGAAGUUAAAUUAGAAAGCAAUAAUGAAUUUGAAAAUGAUGCAAAACAUAAGAAUUCCGAAAAACUGCGUCGUCAUAGUACUAAAAAGGAAAAACGUAAAGAUAAAAUUCGUGAUAGUGUAGAUGUAGAAGAAUGUCAGGUACGAGAGGACAAAAUAAAACAUAAAAAAGAUAAAAAAUCACCGAAUCACUCGUUUGAAUUACUCCAAGACUUGUGUCCAAAUGCUAGAAAAGAUGGAAAAAUGGAAGAUAUUUUUGGACCACUAUCAGAUGAUUCGGAUAAAGAAAGAAACAGUCAUAAGUGUUCCAAUAAUAAAAUAGAUUAUACGUUACAUGAUUUUGAAUCUACGAUUUCUAACCAAAUCGAUCAAGUAGAACAACAUUUGAGUACAGAAGAUACAAAAAGUAUGGAAAAGGAUGAAAACAAACGAAAGAGAGAUAAGAAACGAAAAGACAAAAAAUAUCUUGUUAAGGAGGAUGAUAAUAGCUUAGACGUUGAUGCUGUAAGUAAGGCUAUAGAAGCAAGGCUGUUUGCUGAUGCAUCAAGCCAUGAUGAUAACCGAGCCAAAAAUGAAUUUUUUGGUAACCAAACAAUAUCCGAACACAAAUUGGAUGAUAUCUCUUCAAGAAACGAUUAUUCUAAAUCAAUCGAUAGACACUAUGAUAAAUUUAAAAAAGAGUUUAAAGAUAGAGAAAAGAGAAAAAAGAAAAAGAAAAAUAAAGAAGAUCGACAAAACCGUAGGGAUCAUCAUCACUUUCACCAUCACGAUAAAGUAAGUAAAUUAGAAGAAUUAAUAUCACUAGAAAAAACUGAAGAGGUUCUUCCUAAAACUCUUCUUAAAGAUAUACCUUUACCAUCCGAGAUACAAAAAGUGGAAAUAACAACUAAAUCUGAUGAUUGCAAGUCACACUCUGAGUCCCCUAGCCUACCCAGGUUAACUGACACUCCGCCACUAUCAUCGUCAGAUUAUAAAACGAAAAAUGAGAGUGACUCUUCUAAAAUAAUAAUUAUUGAAACAGAAAAUGAUGUUCAACACAUUAAAACUAUAGAAAUAAAUGAGAUUCCUAUGCCACCAACAUACGAUAAUACUAUCCAAGAUAUCAGCGAAGUACCAUUGCCAAAAGACCCCAUCCCGCCUAACAGUGAACAAAACAAACAAGAAAGCUUUCUGCCGAGUUUUGAUAUCGAUGAUAAUGAAAAUGCUGUUCGUAGCAUCUCAAACUUAGAUAUAGAACCCGAAAAGCCCGUAGAGAAAAUUGAUUCUCAUUCCUCUAAAAUUGACAAAAAAGUAGAAGAGAAGCCAAGAGCAAUUAUUUCACAAGAAGAAACAGAGGAUGCUGUAGCUGCUCUUUUAGGAGAAAGUUUUGGUGGCAAAGAAAAUACAUUUGCUAAUUGCUAUGAAGAGGUUGAAAAUGACAGUGUCCGGGAGAUUGAAAUUCAAAGUACUGUUACUGAAAAUGACAAUAUUCCUGAGGAGGAUGCUGAAGAAAUGCGACAAGCGGUGCAAAAUUUAAAUGCAAGUGAAAUGGAAAUUAAACCGGACACGCCAGUUUCUGAUAAUGAUCUCUUACUUAUUGAUACUGAUACAGAAGACGCUGACGAAAUACCGCAAGACGUUAUUGACAAGUUACCCGUUAAUAUAAUCGCAACAAACCAAUCCCUCAAUAACAACUCUAAAAUCAAUACAAGUAAAUCGGAAGAAAUUUCAAAUAUUAUUAUUGCAAAACCAAAGACAACUGUUGUUCACAACACAAGUCCGGAUUCAAAUGUUACAAAAAGUAAUGAAACAGAUUUGACAUUUACCCUACCUAAGAAAGAUCCGGUUCAACAGGCUACCUCUACUGCAACACCAGUGAUUACAUCAUGGACGUUAUCUAAUAAUAAGCUAAUAGAGCCGCAAUUAUUAAACAUAUCUUCAACCCCUUUGCCUUGUAGAGAUACAAAUGAAAAUAAAACAACGCAUAUUACAACAAAUAUUAUUCAACUUAAACCAUCUACAAAUCAAAUUAACAACUCAGUGAGACCAAUCGUCAAUCCUGUCAGAGUCAGUGCUCCAUAUCAAGUUAUUAAUCAGGUGAUACGACCUCAGGUAACAAAUAUACAGCCCCCUACCAUCAAAAUACCAGAAUCUCAUGUUCUAUAUCAAAAACAACCAGGUAUUGUAAUUUCACCCAGGACAAGCUGUGACCCUCGUAUGUCUAGUCCGAAAGCCAGCCCUCAAGGAGAAAGCAUUACUUCACCGCGACUAACGAACAUGGCUAUUUUGAGUACGUCCCCACAAACUGUUGGGAUAAGAUCUCCAAAUGCUUUACAUCAAAGAUCUCCUGGACAAAUGACAGUAGUACGCAUGCAGCAACCACCGUUAAGUCCGAUUCAAACAAUGCAUAUUCCCGUUGGUGCAAGAGCUAUGGUGUCUCCCAACAGACCAAAUUCUGUGUUGGUUCAAACACAGGGGGCUCCGCUACAUUUAAAUCGUUUACCGGUUGCGCCAAUAUUAACUCCAAUUUCAAAGCAAAUGAAUGCAAAUAAUCUACUCCAACAAAAUAAAAGUAUUGGUGUAAGCAGUUCUUCAGUUACGCAUCAACCAAAGAUCAUUACAGGAGAUUGUAGAAAAAAUGAAGUUCGAAAUAUAACUGAAAAUAUUAAUGAAAAUACUAAAAUACUUCUAUCACCUACACGUUUACAACCAAACACGAAUACUACAGUUAUGGCACAGAAUCGUUUCAAACCAAUGCAAAACGCUCUGCACGUAGGAAAUGUAAAUACAACAUUGCAUAUGCCAAAUAAAAUUCUAAUUAAUAGGAGUCAAAUUUCUGAUAAACAAGAAAAUCAAACGCAGAAAUCAGAGCAAAGUCAUAUUUCUUUAACCGCCAAGCCUAUAAUACAUGUUGCUAAUGUAAGCCACUCAUCUGCACCCAUAAUACAAAGUGGAGCAAAACCAGUGAUGUGUACAAUUCAAGAAGCACACGUACCCAGUAGAGUUGCUGCGAUUAGGCCACCUACGGUUUUAACUAAAAUAGAGAGUACAAAUUCAGUAGAUGUUACAUCAUCAAAUCUUACAAAUGUGGUUAUGACUCCAUUGUUAUUGACUACUACUGGAUCGAAAACACCCAUCAGAAUAAAUCUGAAAAAUGAUGUUGAUAAUUUAGAAAAUGCUUUUGCAGUAUCUAUUCAAAAUAAAGUUUUGCAUGACAAAGAAAACGUAGUUAUAAAUAAAACUGAUUCCUCAGUUGCAACUGAGUACGAAAAAGAACAUCAAAAUAAACCAACAGUAUCACCUGAAAUUGUAAAUAAAUGUGAUACUACAGACUUUGAGGAAUUGCUAAAAGACAACACAAAUGAAAUUAAAGUAACUAAUGAUCCGGAAAAGAAACUUGAGGUUAAUGUUGGGAAAACAGUAACUUUGAUUACACACUGUAGAGAAAGAAAAAAUAGUGUAAAUAUUUCUGACAGAAUAGAGAGCGAAAAAGAAGUUUCUGUCAUAGAAACAUCUGUUGUGCAAAGUAACACGUUGGACAAUGACAAAGAAAAAGAAGAUAAAAAUGCUGAGUCUGAAAAAGAUGUUGCUGAAGUUGCUUGUUCGUCAAAAGAUACCACUAUAAAAGAAGGGGAAGAGUUGGCCAAAGUUGAAAAAGCAGAAACUACCAUACCAACUCCAACAAAUAGCAUUGUCGUAGUGCCCGAUAAAGUUUGUAAAACUGCCACUAAUCACACAAAAAAGGAUGAAGUUUAUACUUUUCCUACUGUUUUAUCAUCUGAUAAUGAAAAUGAUAGUCAAACGAAAAGCUUAGAUGAUAAUGAUUACUGGUCAGCAAAGGAUAUAAAUAUAGACUCGGUCAUCAAAAAAGUUGAUUCAUUGUGUAAUGAUAACAAUGAAAUAAUUGAGAAAAAGAGUGAUGUGCAAAAAAUAAAUGAAAUACCAUCCUCAGUUUCAACAUAUCCUGUUAUUUCUAAUACUUCAGAAGCGGAAUCAACCAAAUCUUCAGAUAGACAAAGCGAAUAUAUUUUUAACAACCCUCUCGAAGAAUUAAUUACUGAAAAAGCAACGCCAACCAACAGAAGAGGUGGUCGGAAUUCUAGAGGUAAAAGAACUGACAGAAAGCAGGAGAGAGUACAAACUCGACAAAUUUCUAAACCUGCUAGAGGAACUGGUGGUGGCAAACGUGGUAGAGGUCGAUCCAAAAUAGAUAAAAAAAUAAAAAGUCUAGUUAAUAAUACAGUUAAUAAUAUGCCGGGAGAUGUAUAUGACUUUCACGAAGAUUCUGGUGAUGAAACAACUACUUCACCUAAUAAAACUGAAACAAGACCGCGCCUGAUUCUUACGAUUAAAAGUCCACUAUCUGGCCAUUCUAACGUGGUUGCGUCAUCGACGCUUAGUAUCACUACUAAAGAUCAAUUAAAAAAUGAAAAAGUAAUAAAGGAUGAUAAAAUUGCAAGUUUUGCAUCACCUUCGUCUAACACCAGAAAAUCACGAAGAUUGCAGGAAAAAGACGUUCAACGCACAACUGUAGAUGAUGUGAUAGAUGAUGUUAUUAAAGGAUCUAGUGUGCAAACUAAAACUAAAGAGGGUAAUAAGAGACGACUAACUAGGCAAGUCGGACCUAAAGUUGAUAAAGUUCAAAAUGCAGAUACGAGAAAAUCUCCAAGAGGCGUUAAAAGAACUAGGGACAGAAGUCUGUCGGACGCGUCAGUCGACAGCUGUGACGAGAAAAUCAAAAAAGAAGAAACAGUCAAAGAAAUUAAGAUACCCAAAAUGGCUGAGAACUUUGCAUGCAAACCCGAGUCGGAACCUGCGCCAGUUAUAAAAACUAGUAGUACACCACCUGUGAUCUCUCAACCACCAAAUCCAGCUCCGACGCCUAUUAUGAAACCACCUAAGAAGAUGAUAUCAGAAAUUAGUGCGAAAUUGGCGAGCGCAUUCGAUGCGGCGGCAUCGGCUACGACUAUUAUGGGUGCAGCAUCGCCCAACGUGGCUGGAGUAGCAGGAAUUCCGGGUGUGGCUGGCGUGCCGGGAUUGGCCGGUGUUCCGGGCGUGUCCGGCGUGCCCGAGCGAGCUGCCCAGCACCAGGCGGACCGGGCGCCGAUGGAGGCCGACAAGCAGAGUAUACCUUUACGCGAGUCUCGUAACACAGACUUCGUGUCGGCCACCGGCGAGCCGAGUGACGCGGGCUUUGCACGUCACCUGGUAGACAACGUGCCCGGUAACAUGAUGCCCGUCGGUGCCACCGAAGCCACGGAUGCGCGAGUGCAGUCGCCGGCGCUGCCGCACAGACCACCCUCCACGCACCGGCCCACCGACCGAGCAACACCCGUCCUCGUGAGGGGUGGAGAAAGUGAAGCGGAAGUGCGCUGCAUGGGCAGCGUAGGCGCUGUGAGCAACGUUGUAGCGGGCGUGGGGCUGGGCGCGGGGGUGACGGGCGCGGGGGUUGCGGGCGCGGUGAGCGCGGGCGCGGGCGCGCCGCGGCUGCGCGCGUACGCGGGCGCUGCCAGCCUGCCGCGCGGCGCGCACCUGCCGCCGCCGCACCAUGCCAAGCAGGUCGCCGUCGUGGGACCCCACCACCAUCACCCCGGAGCUGCUUCUCGUGUCACCAUUACCAGUGUGCCGUCAAUCAGUCCCCAAGGCCAAAUGUCUUUGUCUGCAGACUUAGUGAGAAGUCCUCCGCCCGCGCAUCAACAGACUUCUCCCGUUACCUCGGUAUACCACAAAGGAGACGGAAUGUAUCCUCACUUUUCCCAUCAACAUUAUCAAAUGUACCAGCAACAUUUCCGUGCUACACAACAUGAAAGUCGAGCUACACCUUCACCAUAUACAAGGUCCCUAGAGGCUGAGGGCUCGGAGGCGCCGACGCCGCCGUUGGAGUUGCGACGGCCGCCGUCGGCGCGUGUGCCGCGCCCCACGCACUCGCCUGCGCCCGCCGACCGCUUGCUGCUGUGCGAGAGCGGGUACCGGGUGCCGCCGGCGCACGGGGUGCACGGCGCUGUUGGCGCGCGCCUGCCCGCCGCGCUGCCGCCGCCCGCCGCGCCCGGCCCGCCGCAUGCCUCGCAGGUGCCGCGCGAGGCCGACUCGCUGCAGAUGCUGCUCCGGCGGUACCCGGUGCUGUGGCAGGGGCUGCUCGCGCUGAAGAACGACGCGGCGGCGGUGCAGAUGCACUUCGUGGGCGGCAACCCGGGCGUGGCGGGCGACACGCUCACCGACGGCUGCACGUCGCUGCUGCGCAUCGCGCAGCGCAUGCGCCUCGAGCCCGCGCAGCUCGACCAGGUGCACCGCAAGAUGAAGCUGGAGAGCGAGCACUGCAUCCUGCUGGCGCUGCCGUGCGGUCGCGAUCACAUGGAUGUGCUGCAGCAGUCCAACAACCUCACCAGCGGCUUCAUCACUUACCUGCAGCGCAAGCAGGCCGCCGGCAUCGUCAACGUCGCGCCGCCCGGACACCACCAGGCCGUUUACACCGUACACAUCUUCCCGUCGUGCGACUUUGCUAACGAGAAUCUGAACCGCAUCGCACCAGACCUAAUGCACCGUGUGGCUGACAUCGCCCACUUACUCAUCGUUAUCGCCACUGUAUGA